AUGGCGCCCAAAGCAAUGUCAGACAUCAAGUUCUUCAACGUAACGUUUCCAGCACCAUUUGUGGCACACGUGGAAAUCAACCGACCACAGAAGCUCAACGCCUUUUACGAACCGAUGUGGCUUGAGCUCAAAACAAUAUUUGAGAAAUUGUCUCCAGACCCAGACGUCCGAUGCAUUCUGAUAUCGGGUGCAGGUGAUCGAGCAUUUACUGCAGGUCUUGAUGUGCAAGAGGCAUCGAAGUCUGGAAGUCCGCUCGGCACAGCUGCACCAACUCGUGACCCAUCACGGCAGGCGACGAGCUUAAGAAGGCACAUUUUCGAACUACAAGAUGUCAUUUCGGCAGUGGCACGUUGUGAAAAGCCAACCAUUGCACUUCUCCAUGGCUAUACAUUUGGUCUAGGGAUUGAUCUAUCUUCAGCGUGCGACAUUCGGUUUGCUGAAAGUGACACCAAGUUCUCGGUCAAAGAAGUGGAUAUUGGACUGGCUGCGGAUGUAGGCACAUUGAGCCGGCUUCCAAAAGUGGUGGGCGGAAUUACCAGCUGGGUGAAAGAGGUCACCCUCACAGCGCGACCAUUCACAGCGGAGGAGGCUUUGCAAAACCGAUUUGUGAGUCGGGUGGUUAAGGGCAAGGCCAACCUCAUCAGCGAAGGACUCGAAUAUGCCAAAUUUGUGGCAAGCAAAAGCCCUGUGGCGGUGCAAGGAACCAAGAACAUCUUGGAUGCCGCUUGGGGCAGAACAGUGGAGGAUAAUCUCAACUACACGGCGGCAUGGAAUGCGGCCAUGGUGCAGAGCUCGGACGUGUCGAGGGCAAUGUUGAGUGGAUUGCAAAAGCGAACACCAACAUUUGAAAAGCUGUGA